AACGUCCUCUCCUCCUCCCCACCGCAUAACAGCAUCCCUCUGUCAACAGGAUAUUUCCUGAGACGGAAAUACGACGGGGGAAGGAAAAUGGCGCUCAUCCCAUCACAGAUCCUCAGAGUAGCGAUACUCCUCUCUUAUUUUUCCAUCCUCUGCAAUUACAAAGCCAUAGACAUGCCCGCGCAUCAAACAUACGGCGGUAGCUGGAAGUUUCUUACGUUCAUAGAUUUGGUCAUUCAGGCGGUGUUCUUUGGAGUGUGUGUCCUUACUGACCUCUCAAGCCUUUUGACAAAAGGCACUGCCAGUAUGGAGCAAGAGAGACAGUUGAGGAAGCUGAUUGGCUUACGAGACUGGAUGAUGGCUGUUCUGGCCUUUCCCGUUGGUGCGUUUGUGGUGACGAUGUUCUGGACGCUUUACGUGUAUGACAGAGAUUUGGUAUAUCCAAGACUCCUGGACAACUUUAUACCUCAGUGGUUAAACCAUGGCAUGCACACAACAGUUCUUCCUUUCAUCAUAAUUGAGAUGAGAACAACACACCAUCGAUAUCCCAGCAGGACCUGUGGACUCUUCGCAGUGUGCAUGUUUGCUGUGGGAUAUGUUGUGUGGAUGUGCUGGGUGCACAGCAUGACGGGGGUGUGGGUUUAUCCGUUGCUGGAGCACAUCGGGCCCACGGCCAGAAUUCUCUUCUUCAUCUGCCUCACGGCUCUCAUCAGCGUCUACUACGUCUUGGGAGAAAUCCUGAACAACUACAUCUGGGAUUCCUCAAAGAGUACAUAUACAUCCCGCUUAGCUUCCUGAUGCGCCCACGCACACUCCUCCACCUGUUAGCGCUAUAGACUGGGAGCAGUGCAUCGUGGGUGUAGUGCCGCCAAAGGCAGCGCGCAGCAGAUGGGAACGGAGCCCGUGAGCAGUCUGAGAGCAGCAGACGGCGAAGGCUUCUCUUCCUCCCACCUGUUUGACACUGACCUGCAAAUCACUGAAGCAGCACACACACACCUCGGGCUUUCUCCUAUGGAGCUGAUCUAUGUCCCUUCAUCCUCAGUACAAGAUCUCCCUCUUAUGUCCAAAGCAGCAUUAUUGUAAUCUCCGACAACCCCUCCAGCUAAACAAACCAUGAACACUUUUGUCACUAAUGCUUUGCUGUUCUUCACUCUGACUCAUGGUUCGAAGAGCUUGUUGAAAUGCACAAUCAGUUGCCAAGAGAUCACAGAUCUUGAAUAUGCAGGCACUGCAGUAUCCAGAAUGUGGAAAUAUCAAAGAAAAAUACUAAAGAAACUGGAAAAUACUGAUAUUGCAGAAUGCAUAAUAUAUUUUUAAAUGAUCAGCAUCUGACAAAUUAUGCUGAAGUGGCAAACAAGAAUGUAACCACACACCAGUCAUAUGCAAUGGUGUUCUGAAAUGAUUUUUUGAUUAAAUAAACAUUGCUUACACUAUUAAAAAAAUAAAUAAACAAUUUAAUUAUUUUUUUUAUAUUUUUACAUUAACAAUGUAAUCAAUAUUCUAUUUAUUAAAGCAAAGUAUGAAUCUUAUCAAGUUCAUGUUUAAAUGAAUUUUACAUUUAUUCCAAAAAAUAACAAUUUAAACAAUACAUUUUAUUAUUUUAUAGUUAACUUUUAACUAUUUACAAAUUUUUCAGAGCAAUCAUCAAAGCUCAGUAAAUACUGGUCACAGACACUGAGAUUUACUUUAAAUGUCACCAAGCUGAUUACGCACUAAAAACUCCAACAGAUCAUGUUUUCAUGCUAUUUUAAGUCUUAUUUUCAUGUAACAAUGUGGUUAUAUCAACGUGUGCGAGUUGUUUACUUGAUGAUUCGCGAACAGAACGCAUAUGAACACGAGGCUGGGAUUUAUCGCAUGAGCCAGCUCUUUUGCUUAUGUAAUAUUGCUGAAAUAUCCAUAAUAACAGUUUAGGUCAAAAAAAAAUUGAUUAUUCAUAUCAGCCAAAAUAUCCAUAAUAUCACCAAAAUAUACUAAAUAUCUAUAGCCAAUAUAUCGCCUUGCGAAAGUAUUCAUACCCCUUCAUUGUUUUCACGUUUUAUGUUGCAGCCUUAUGU